AUGGUUAGCAAAGCGCAUGAUCACAUGAUGAGUGACAUGUGGAGGCAGCACACAUGGGCCCAUGCUUAUGACAUCACUUCCUCUUUAGCUCGGCUCGACAGGUUCUCCAGCUUUAAACAUCCCCUCAACAUCUUUAGGAGUUUUUCAGACAACAGUUUAGUGCGGCGUUUGAGUUUGGGCUCCCCCCUCCGUGGCCUUAGUGGUUUCUUCCAGAAGAAAGAUGGAGAUUCAGGGGGAAGCCCUCUUAAAACACCCCAGUCCCACUCCAGAAAACACUCAGACACCUCCGUUGCCCUGGGCGACCGGCUCCUGAAGAAGGGAGCAUCUCUCCGCCGCAGUCUGGUCCUGGGGAGCAGACGACACGCCCCCGACAGCACAGCCAAUCAGGAGCCGCUGCCAUGUGCCACGGAGGCUGUCCAAUCAGAGCAGAGCACGGGCAGGUCAGAGGUCACCAAGAGAUCAGAGGUCAGGGAGUCGUACGUUCGCCCUGAGAUCCCACACCUGCCCCUCUCAGUGAUGCAGAUCAAUAUGCUGAUUGAGCUGGAGGUGUUUGAAGAGGCGCACGUCAACAUGCUGUCCCUGCGUCAGGAGUUCCAUCACCAGCAGGAGGCUCUGGGCCCGCAGGCCUCACCUGUGGAGCUGGCUCACCUGGAGAAAGACCUGCACCUGCUCUACAGGGCGCUGCGGGAAAAGAUGGCUGACAUCGUGCGCCAGUCCAGCGCCCUGCCUGCCCGCAACAAGGAGCUGCUGGUCCACGUGGCUCGCAUCGUCCAGGAGGAGGAGAGGAGGGAGGCGGAGGGGGAGGCGGGGGGGCUGGGGGGGUGGAGGGAGGCCUGGAGGGAGGCCGUGAGGGACGGCGUGAGGGACGUGCUGGAGGGGGUCCACCUGGACACACCUGAGCACAACACUUCCUGGUUGGCCGUGCACCUGGGGCUUCUGGGAAAAGCCAUCGUGGAGAACCUGGAGAGGGUGAAGGCGGAGCUCCAGGGCUCGUACCCGCCCAGUUUCUGCGUGUUUCACGCGUACGUCACGAGCUGUCACGAGGUCACUGAGCAACACCUGCAAAGGGUUAUGGAGACACUGCUGGAUUGCCUGUUGGCUCAGCUGGAGCUAGCAGCCAAAGCCCUGGUGGAGCAGACCCCGCGCUGGAUGUGGUUUCAGCCCUGGCAGGGGCCUGGGAUCAGGUGUCAGUGGGCUGAUUGGAGAAGAGUGAAGGCUCCUUCCUGUGUUCCUGAGCAGCAUGGAGAGGCUCCUCUCCAGUGA